AUGGAUCAGGGAGAGAGAUCAGUUUCAAAUGGAAAUGGGGAGGUUCGGUAUAGAGGGAUUCGUAGAAGGCCAUGGGGUAAGUUUGCAGCAGAGAUUCGUGACCCUACAAGGAAAGGGACUCGUAUAUGGUUAGGAACCUUUGACACUGCUGAGCAAGCUGCACGAGCUUAUGAUGCUGCUGCUUUUCAUUUCCGUGGUCACAGAGCCAUUCUCAAUUUCCCAAAUGAGUAUCAGGCUCCUAAUCAAAACUCUUCAUUACCUAUGCCUCUUCCUCUUCCUCUUCCUCUUCCUCUUCCUCUGCCUCCUCCUCCUUCUUCUUCUUAUUCUUCUUCCUCUUCCCACUCUGUUGAGGACCUUGUGAAAACUGGUUUUUCUGGUGAUGAUGCUUUUGAAUUGGAAUACUUGGAUAAUAAGUUGCUUGAAGAACUCCUUCAGGCGCAAGAUGAUAGACAUCUGUACAAGUGA